UUUAUGAAACAUAGGAUCCGUCCAUGAGCAGCGCGUCUCUGCCUCCGAGAAGCAGCUGUCGGUCCACCCAGUGAGAAGCAACCUGUCCGUGCGGCCCGCUCUCUGCUCCCCUGUGUGUGGACACCACCCUCCGGCUUCGCGUAGAGGUUGUGUGUGCGCCUCCUCUCCGGCCGCCGCUGCGCUCCGACAACACGGACCACGGGGGGACGAGCCAACGGUUAGCUGAGUAGGGAAGUGGGCUCCGCACUCCCUCUCAUCGCGCAGAUGCUCCCAGCCGCCCAGCUUGACAAGAGUGAUGGGAUGUGUCAACUAGCAGAUGACGCAGUCCUGGAUGACGUAAUCGGACUGAAGACUUCAUCUGCAUUGUUCACACCAGAGCGUGAUCGAGGCGGGACAAAGAUAGAGGAGGAGGACGAGGACGACAUUGAAUACACAAGGAUGGGCGUGGGGAAAAACACCACCUCCAAGACGAUGGACAGCAGCAGCGAGGGAGGGAAAUAUGAAGAGGAGGGAAAACAUGGCGCUGAUUUCUACCCUAUUCCGGUGGUGGUCAACGGAGUUGGCGGUGCAAGUGGAGACCAGGACACUGAGAAUACAGAGCUGAUGGCGAUAUACAGUAAAGAUAAUCAGGCUGCAGAAAAGAGCUCGAUGUCUGAGACGCUGGACAGCACAGACAGUAUUGAUGCAAGGAGGAUGGAUAUGAUCUACACCAUUGAAGAUACUCCACCCUGGUACCUGUGUGUGUUCCUGGGCAUGCAGCACUACUUGACGUGUUUCAGUGGGACGAUCGCGGUGCCGUUCCUCCUUGCUGAGGCGAUGUGCGUUGGAUUCGAUCAGUGGGCCACCAGUCAGCUCAUAGGGACCAUCUUCUUCUGUGUGGGGAUCACCACCCUGCUACAGACCACACUGGGCUGCAGGUUGCCUUUGUUCCAAGCCAGUGCUUUUGCCUUCCUGGCACCAGCCAGAGCCAUCCUGUCGCUGGACAAGUGGAAGUGUAACAGUACAGAUGUUCCCAUGUUUAACAGCACACAGCUCCUCAACACAGAGGAGAUCUGGCACCCCAGGAUACGAGAGAUCCAGGGGGCCAUCAUCGUGUCCUCCCUAAUCGAAGUGUGUAUUGGAGCACUGGGUCUUCCCGGGCUCCUGCUGAAGUACAUCGGGCCCCUGACCAUCACCCCCACUGUGACCCUCAUCGGCCUGUCUGGUUUCCAGGCCGCAGGCGAGAGGGCAGGGAAACACUGGGGCGUUGCUAUGCUGACUAUCUUCUUGGUGCUGCUCUUCUCUCAAUAUGCCAGAAAUGUUCAGUUCCCUCUCCCAGUCUACAAAGCCAAGAAAGGCUGGACGACCUAUAAACUUCAAGUCUUCAAAAUGUUUCCCAUCAUCAUGGCCAUUCUGGUGUCAUGGCUGUUGUGCUUCAUUUUCACCGUGACUGACGUUUUCCCGCCGGAGAAGGACAAGUACGGUUUCUACGCCCGCACAGAUGCACGACAAGGAAUCAUCCAGGCCGCUCCGUGGUUUAAGAUCCCAUAUCCCUUCCAGUGGGGUUUCCCAACUGUAACCGUGGCAGGGGUGAUCGGUAUGAUGAGCGCUGUGGUGGCCAGCAUCAUCGAGUCCAUUGGAGAUUACUAUGCCUGCGCUCGACUCUCUUGCGCUCCUCCACCUCCCGUCCAUGCCAUCAACCGGGGGAUAUUCAUGGAGGGGGUUUCCUGUGUGCUCGAUGGGCUUUUUGGCACCGGAAAUGGUUCCACCUCCUCCAGUCCAAAUAUAGGUGUCCUGGGAAUCACAAAGGUGGGCAGCAGACGUGUGAUCCAGUACGGAGCUGCCAUGAUGCUGCUGCUGGGCAUGGUGGGUAAAUUCAGUGCCCUGUUCGCCUCUCUGCCGGACCCUGUCCUGGGAGCUCUGUUCUGCACCUUGUUCGGUAUGAUCACUGCAGUCGGACUCUCCAACCUGCAGUUUGUGGACCUCAACUCCUCCAGGAACCUCUUUGUCCUGGGCUUCUCCAUUUUCUUCGGUCUGAUGCUGCCGAGCUACCUUAAAAAGAACCCGCUGGUCACAGGCAUUGUUGAGGUUGACCAAGUGCUGAACGUGCUCCUCACAACGGCCAUGUUUGUUGGAGGCUCUGUUGCCUUCGUUUUGGACAACACUAUCCCUGGUACCCUUGAAGAACGAGGCGUCAAGAAGCUGAAGCUUGGCGCUGGUCUCAGCACAGCAGAACUGGAAGGGAUGAGAUCUUAUGACCUGCCAUUUGGAAUGGACUUCAUUCGCAGACACCCCGUCUUCAAGUACCUCCCCAUCAGCCCCACAUUCACAGGCUACCAGUGGGGGAGGCUACAGGAAUCCUGCAGGAACCGAAUGAGACAUGGAGAUGCGGUGAAGGGAGGAGGAAAGGGAGGGGAGGGAGGCGCAGCAACAGGAGAGAGUCGGGUAUAGCCAACGGGCUUAAGGGCAAUGGGAAGCAAGGGAUGGUACGCUGGGAUAAACGGAUGGGAGAGUGGAGGACGGAAUCUUUGCAGGAUUUGGUGGAAGAAAAUGUGACGCACCAACCCCUUCGUCAUUAUGUGUUUUCUUUAUCUUGUGUCUGUCUUUUUCUGCUUCCCACCUCGCUGUUUCUAAAGCUCGCUAUAGCAAAUCAAAGCAUGUUACAGGAUGUCAUCACCACACGGAGAUGACUUGGUGUGUGUGCAUAUGUCCACAAUAUGCAGCAAGAGAUGGCGGCACUUUAAUCCAGAACGAGAGCGAUGGCUGUCAAACACUCAAAGCUGAGUGUUUGUGGAUUCACUGACUCGUUAUUACUGCUAACUACUGCUGGCCAUGUCAGUUUCUGACACGUUAUUCUACUGAGCGCCAACGGUAGAUUUGAUUAUGUCAAUUGAGGAUUAUGCAAAUUACUGUUACAAAUCAUUUGCCUCAAGACUCAUUAUGCAACAGCAUUAGAGACAACAUACACCAACAGCCUCACCAAAAACCAAGUGCAGCAACGCACGUCGGGGGGGGGGGGUCAUGCAGACCAAGUGACGUUUUUAGUCAGGUGCCCUUACUCAUACAAAGUGAUUGUGACUUUAUUUUUCUGUUGCACUAUCUGCCUCCUGAGUUCAAUUGUAGAAUGUCACAACACCUCAGAGACCCAUUGACCAGCUCGUCUCAUCUCAUGCCCAAGAAACUCACUUAUUAAAAAGAUAUUAAUGCAGAUAUUCACAUGAUCUCCCAUGUGACUGGGCAAAAAAAUCCCCAAACCUUCCAGUUUACUGAAUCAGUAUUAUGCAUAAUUUAUUAACGAGACAAAAACACUUAGUUUACCUGAACACACUGGAAAUCAACGAACUCUCAAUUGGGAGUUUUUCUAUACUUCAGUUUGGAAGAAUCAAAUUAUGUGUAUCUCAUAACCCGUGAAUUUGCUUAUUUCAAAUCUCUGCACGCAAAUUUUGAAACAAGCUUUUUAUAAAGCCAUAGUAACAGACACGUGGCCUCAAAAUAUGAAUAACUUCACUUCAGGCACGUGUCUUAUGUUUAACAGUAAUGUGUGUUAAGGUAGGGUUUACAAAACCACCACACCAGUGUGGUUUUCCAUCAUUGCAUUCAGUGAGCCCAUACAUAAUCGUAAUCAAGGUUAGGAUGGUGAUUUUGAGUAUUUAGAUGUAAUAACAGAAGUUUUGGAGAGUUCAUUUAUUUUGUUCUAAAGACAGGCACACAUUGUGCGUUGUGCGUAUUUGAAGCAGCCCAAUCAUGACUGUUACUGAUGUAAUUUAUAAUAUAUAUAUAUUGUUUUUUUUUCAAUAGUUUACAUUCCUCCUCCCCUUGGGCUCCGUACCCCUCCCACUCUCAUCUCGCUUUAGUUGUUUCACUGCUGAUCUUCUUGCAGGAAUAAAAUAACAGCUGAAAAUCUACUACUAAAUAUUAGUAGCUUAGUCUAAUUGCGAUGUUUACUAAACCAAAUUGUUAAAACUCUUCAAUACAAAUUCUUAUUGUUCUUAAACAAUAUACCAAAUUUACUCAUUUUUGAGAACAAAUGUUCCUUAAAAUCUCUUCCCAAAUUUCUCAGCUUUUCAUCUCGUCCGUCAAAGCUAUUUAUUUAUUUAUGAGAAAAAAAGUGGAUGUUUUUAACGAUUGCUUGAAGCAGGUUUAUUUUCCUCUUGUACAAUGUUGAAAAUAUAUUUAUUAUUUCUCUUGUUAAUGCCCUGUUUAAAAAACAAAAAGAAAGAAAAUUUAAAAAAAAAGUAGGUUUGAUGACUUACUGCUCCUCGAGACACCUCGGCUGAGGUCGGUGCUUUGAGAAACCACCUCUCAUAAAGUCAGUCUCUACUGUAAAAUAAAAAGAAAGUACGCUGCUCCCAUUUCAUUCCAUUUAUAUCACCUUGUUGAUAUAAAGAGAGACGCAACACUUGCAAACUGGAUGGUUUAUUAAAUUUUCAGAGUCAGGGCCUUUUUACUACACGUACUGUUUGCACUUGUAAUGGUGCCAAGAUGAUCGGGUCAGAGUGACUCAUUCCCACUGACCUCAAACCCUCUUAUGUCCUUAUACACCUUCAUCAUCAGUGUGAACCUUUUGUGUUUGGUUACCUGAGAACUUAAGUGUUUUGUUCUGAACAUUUAGGGCCUUAGUCUCUGAUAGCAUUUUUAGCUUUAGCCACAUUUAAGACCCCGUCUCUCUUUCUGUUACACUCAGGAUUUGACAAUUUUGUGUGAUCUCACUAAUGUCUAGUGUCUGCCUGGAAUGAUACAAUUUACAAUGACAACCCUGACUAAAUAUUAUUGUUAGCACAAUUUCCAGUUUUCCUUAUCAGAAUGCAGUGAAGUCAGAUGAAAGUGUUUACAGUGAUACUGCAGCUAAAAGUCCUAUUAAGGUCACAGAUUAAAAUAGGAAUUGGUUUUAAUGUCGGUAUCACCACACAUGUUCUCAUUCUGGGUAGACCGACGUCAGUGAUGUUACCAAAUCCUGGAGAAACCUAAAUGCUGAUGAAGUCUUAAAUGAGGCUUGGCUAUUUCCUGACCAUCGAUGUGUGUGUGUGUGGAACCUGUAAAUCUGAAACCUCAUCGUGUAAAUGUCGGAUGGCAGCUGGACAGCUGUAGAUGAGACGUGGUACAACGUUACCACAGCAGCAGGUGUAUUUGAAAUCCUUGCCCACGCUGUUUAACCUUGUUCCAGGGGCGAUGAGGAUCACAUAGAGGUCAGAGAGCCGACACCACCUCCUGCACCUCCUCUCUCUGUGAGGGAGUAGAUGGCCGGUGGUCUGACUGCGUUAUCAAUUAUCUUGUAAAUGAUGUGCACACAUUAGCACAUGGACAUCACGUGACUUUGUUUCCUUGUCAUAUCAUGUUUGUGUAACACGCACUAAUUUCUCUCACCGACAUCACACACACACACACACUCUAAUCCUGCAUUGAAAAUAUAUUGGUGACCUCAUGUUCAGUGUACCUGGCUUGUCCCUGGGAGUUCUUACUGUCGUUUCUGGAUGUAAGAGAAGACACCGGCUGGCCGUCUUAUUGAGAGCCUGUUGGUCAUUGGCAGCUGUGUGAACCUGCCUUAUUUCUCUAUACCAAGAUGAUCAUUGGAUGAUUUUGUGCCUCAACACAACUUCCCCUUGAUUUAACCCUCCGGUCAUGUUACAUUCUGUCUUCUUUUCAAAAUGUUAUACACAAGCAUAUGUGUUUCUCUAAGUCAUUACAGAAAUUGCUCAGUUACAUUACAAAUACCUUGGAUUUCAUGUGGCCAGACACGAAUACUUGAUGCUUUUCAGGCUUUAGUUACGGAGAUGUCAGUUUAACCAACAGACGGCUCUUGAGAAGGUGGUCAUUAGGUGUGUAACAUAAAGACAUCAGUCCCUCUUAUUUUGAAGGGGAUGCUACAUGAAGAAUAUACUAUUGUGUCAAGUGUUUUCUCUUUUUCAAUGUUUCUGUUCUUUUUAUACAUCAUUUUUAUGUUUUUACAGGUGAAUAUUUGUAAGAAACAAAUCAUAACUUUUAAUCUUGAAUCAUGCUGUACAGCGCACCAUUUUGUUGUUCUGUUUAUUUAAAAGAGUAAAAUUGUUUUGAUCUUUUCAAAUCCGUGGCUCGGGGGAAUCUUGUUGGACCUUUUCAUAUUGUAUUUUUUUACUCUAACAUUGCUUUGUCCAUGUUAACACAUUACCAGUAUAUAUUAUAGACUGAGCUGACAAACUUUAAAUAGAUGUAAAAACCACAACAAAAAGAAAUGUAUAUUUAAUGGAGUAAAGUUUGCUAAACUAAAUUGUGUAAACUAAUUGUAGCAAGAAAAUGUUUUAUCCUUAUCCUGUUCCUAAAACUAUUUAAUAUGAUGUUACAGAAUGAA